AUGAAAUAUAUUGCAACUUGGUGCCUUGGAAAUAAAUCAAAUAUCCUACCAUCAAUUUAUAGAUGGCCAAUCACUAAGGGAAAACUCAAAUUUGAUAAACAUUAUAUUAUUUACGGUUCUCUUAAUCUUGAUGCUAAAGCACUAAUUGGCGUUUCAGAUACGAAUCAAAUUAUCUUACGUGUUGAAGGAGCUAAAUAUUCUUAUAACUUUGAAAUAAUUGAUAUUGUAAAUAAUGAAAGACAAAAAUUGAAUACUCAAGGCCUAAAAGGAAAAGUCGUAAAACACUCGGGUUAUUUUGAUAAUUCUUACAGUGAAUUUUGUGAUGAACCUGCACAAAUAUCUAUUUAUUCAGUAAAAGAUGGCAGUCUGAUACAAAAAUCGAUUGAUAAUCUUAAUGAUCCUUGGAACCAAGGUCUUUUAUUUUUGGAUAAUAUGCGCUUUAUUGGGUCAAAAAAUGAAGAACGAAUACUGUUUUCUUUUUACAUGCAUGGAACUGAUCAGAGGAAAUUUUCUAUAUUGAAUCCACACAAUCUUACCAAUCCCAUAGAUGCAGGAGAACUAUUUAAAUCUGAAAUAGAAAAUUAUGAUAGGAAGAAAACUAGAGCAAUUUUUUUUGAUUAUAUUAUAAAAGUCGAAAACGAUCAUUUAUAUAUUGAAAAUUUAGUUGAUCAUGAAAGUUGGACUAAUUACAUAAAGAGUGACGUACAAGUUGAUGCACAAGUGAAUGUGCAAGAUCAUGAAUUCGAUUUAUUAUUCAAAAAUAAAUCUUUCGAUAAACUUAUUGACUCUUUUUAUGAAGAGGGGAGUCAUUAUAAACAUUUAGAAGAUACUCGAAUAGUUGAAUGUUUAAAUAAAACAAAAUCAUCUAGACCAUUUAUAUUUCCACAUAUUUAUAAAAUCACAGAAUUAGACACAAAAACUGUCAAUGAAAAACUUAAUGAUCUUGAUGAAAGGCUUAAAAAUCUUGAUAUAAAACUUAAUAAUCUUAUUGUGGCACAUUAA